AUGAAGAUUCUUAACCAAAAUUCAAUCAGCUCGUUUUCUGCAUCCCCUUCUGGCGGUCUAUCCUUAAUGGAGGCUCAGACCAUGGCUCAUAUUCAUAAAGCCCGCAUCUCAAGAGAGGAUGAGGCGGAGUCUAGCUCGGUCGAGGAUCCGAGGUCUGAUCAAAACCCCGUUGAGACCGGGACUUCCAAGGCCGCUGGGUCUUCCAAACUCGGCGCAUCUUUCCCCCGGGGGCUCGGCGUAGCCGUGCGCGACCUUAUCGCGGCUCUGUUUGGACCGCUGGCGAAGAGAAUCCUGAUUCUUUUGGUUGUCGAUUUCGACUCCGAACAGACGGAAUCUUCCGGGGCCAGGCCUAGGUCGUCACAUAAAGUUUGUUCGUUUUAA